AUGUCUUUACGGCAGCUGAAAAGCGACGGGAAAUAUGGGAUUCUCAAUCAAAUAUGGCCACGCAUGACUCGACGCGACUUUGAUACCUAUAUGGAUCUAUACGACAGAUACUUCUUAUUCUUGGAGGAGCAAAUGGAGUUAAUUGAACGGAAGUCAAUUCUUUACUCGACGAAAUCCAUCGAAGAACUUGCAUCAAUUAUCGAUCGAAUUCGGCAAUAUCCUCAUAAACCAAAGUCCGAGGUGUUCGAAAACUCAUCAGAAGAAACUAUGAGAUCAGCCGAUAUGGCCAUAAGGAUCUGGCUAAUGAUCCACAUCCAACAUUCAUCAUCUGGAUCAACAGGUUCAUGGUGGUGGCCGAAAACCAUGCCAUUGAAUCUACUGUUGCAAAAUUGGUCUACGCCGAGCAAAAAGCAAGAUCGCAAAAGUCGACAGAUUUCCCAAAGCUUCUCUAUUGCGAACCUAGCUCACUACUACGGUUUCCAAGUAAAAUGGACAAGUGAUCUGGCCCAGCAUCUGAGCAUCGACUGGGAGUAUAAACAAAUUACAAUCUUUGAGCACGUUAUUUGCUUGCGAAAUCACCUUGCAUACCCCGACGACUGUCCACUCCCGAAGAGAUUCGUGGGAGAGGCAAUUGAUACGAUCAAACUGCUUUUUCCAGACGACAAGGACACGAAAGCAUUCUUAUCGAGAGAUGGAAGAAAGUUCCUCAAGAUUCCCUUUGGGCGUGAGCGUUCAUUAUCACUUGGAGACUUCUCAUAUUGGGAAACAGAGAUCUCACAGCUAUUGGACGUCUGGGAGCAAGGCCCCAGCGGUUGGUCUCAGCUACGACUGCGGCCUGACCGGAGUAACUUCUUGGAGUACUCUACGUUCUGGGCUGCAGCAGUAGUCUUGCUGCUCACUGUUAUCAGCAUUGUGUUUGGCGUGGCUGGCUUGGUACUCGCUAAGAAAGCAUUGGAUGUUAGCGUUAAGUCACUUGAUGUAUCAGUCAAGUCGUAUGAGUUGUCUUUGGCUAUUGCAUGCGCUGAAGCGAACGCGACUGAGACUUUACCUUCUUUUUGUAAAUAGCGUCUUAGGCAUAUAUUUAGCGAUAUUAAUU